AUGUCCGCUAUAUUCUUACGAGAAUUGGGCCACAGGACAUAUCCGGGCAGAGGACUUUUAAUAAAAAGCAAAAAGAAAACACCCAAAACAUACAACAGCCAGGAUUCGCAUGUGGUCACCCACCAUACUACUAACUGGCCGGCGUGUGGCUUAAGUACGGCUGAGCGGACGGGAAGCCCUGUUCUCCACACCCUAUGGUCGUAUGUACUUGGCUAA